CUUUAUAGUUUAUCGUCUUUUAAUGUUAAACUUAACUACGAUCACUUGGUUCAUACUCGUUUUGAUUAAUGUGAGCUUGACGCAUGGUGUGUUAUUUAAAUCAUGUAUAUUUAGGUUAUAUACUGCCAAGUCGUCUUGCAUGAGGUAUUUCUCCGGUUGUGUCUUAACUUACUCAAUUUGAGUAAAUUGAGUAACUAUAGUAUCCGAAGUAAAACCAUAGUAAUAUCAAAUGUAUCGUUCUGUCAUCAUAGUAACUAUAUUUAAACCAUGAGGCUGUAGUGAAAUAUGAUAAUACAAAUGGUCGUCAAUCGUCCAUACCAUGGUAAUGGUACUUUUACUACAAUAAAUUUCCGUAAGAUAUUAUUUUUCUAUUAUUAUUUCUUUAUACUAGAUUAUUCUACAACGCUUUACCAGUUUUUAAACAUCUGAUAAUUUUGCAUUUGUGUUGUGUAAUUGUUUACAUAUAAAGACUAUGCAAAAACUUGACGUUUCCGUUUAAGUUUCUGCAAGAAUUAGAUUUCUUGCUUUAGUCUUACAAUUGAUUGAUGAUUAAAUCAAAUUUGAAUAAUUGUUUGUUCUGCUAUACAGUUAAAUACGCCUGUUACAUUUUAAAAACGUAAUUUAACAAAAAUGUAAAAAUGAAAAUGUCACUUCUAAAGGUUUACAGCAGGGGGGUCUUCAGCUACUUUUCUUUGCGGGCCAGACUCCAACAGUAUAAGUGGGAUGCAGGCCAGUUUUUUACCUGUCCUCAUUUCUUCUGUUAUUUUGUAUUUGUUAUUUAUUGCAUUUUGUUCAUUUUAUACAUUACUUAUAGGUCAUGCACACAAAUAUUGCAUCCGGUAUCUGUGCCUUUUCGUGAUAUUUAAUUCAAAGGCAUAUUGUCUUUUUAAUGUCAUUUUAUAUUCCUUGUAGCGUUGGUUUACUCAAAAAUAAAAUUGCUGUUUAUUUAUUCACCACCAUUCCAUCCAAGAUGUGGGUGGCACUGUUUUUUCAAGAAGAUAGCCUAUUUUUGAAGUCAAAAACGCUACUACAUUCAGCACAAAAGUAAUCCCUGACCCUUGACCUUAAACUGGCAUAUUAUAAAGCCAAUCAAUUGAUCUGUGCGAAAAACUGAGCGCUAUCAUGGCGUCUUCGGGUGAAUUCCAAGUGCACUUAGAAGUGAAGAUCCUUUGUAGUGCGAGUUGUGGAGGGAGAUGAACGGCUGUUUCGUAAAUGUUGUUGUUUAAAUCAUACAUAAUGAAUGCAGUAAUACAAACAACACAGUUUUUUCCUUAUCUGAGACAACAGUUCACGUGGUGGUGUACGUGUACCCUUCCUGCAGUUAUUGGAACCCGACCUAUCGUGUGUGCAAACCGCCUGCCUGUGGCUUGUUGAUUAUAUGAAUCAAUGAAUAAUCUAAUACAUGUUCUUAUUUGUUAAUGUGAAUCGUAAAACCGAUAAUCCAUACAAUAUUUACUUGAAAUUUGUUUCAGAUUUAAAUCGAGAUGUCUUCACCAUCAUCAUCAUCCAAGGGAGGCCGUAAGAGAGACGGGAGCAGUAACCCACCGACCCCGGCGAGUGAGGACCCUCUCUCCCCACCGUCACAACGCUCUCGAUCCCAUGACACGUCCACAGAGCUGCAGCCCAUGCCCACGUCUCCAGCCAUGGACAUACAGAGCCCCGCCGCCAAUGACGUGUCUCUGUUCUCCAGUCCUGUGGCCCCUCGCUCCGUCAUGCAGAGCGAGAUGGAUGCGAGCUCUCCGCUGAUGUACGGAACCCCCAGCUCUAGAAUCGAAGGAACUCCACGCAGUGGCAUACGUGGAACUCCGGCCCGCCAGCGAGCUGAUCUGGGAUCUGUGAGGAAAGGGAAGCAGGUGGACAUCCAUUCAGAACCGCCAUCUGGAGAUGCAGGAGCUGCUGGCGAUCAGGGACAGAGACUGGUGAUCUGGGGGACGGAUGUCAAUGUGGGAGCCUGCAAGGAGAAGUUCCAACGAUUUCUUCAACAUUUUACGGAUCCAAACUCCAGAGAAGAGGAGAAUGCUGGUCUGGAUCUGAACGAGCCUCUCUACAUGCAGAAGCUGGAUGAUAUCAGUGUCGUCGGCGAGCCUGUGUUAAAUGUGAACUGCAGUCACAUUCAGACAUUUGAUGCCGAUCUGUAUCGACAGCUCAUCUGUUACCCUCAGGAAGUCAUCCCCACCUUUGACAUGGCGGUCAAUGAGCUCUUCUUCGACCGUUUCCCCGACUCUGUUUUGGAGCAUCAGAUUCAAGUGCGUCCCUACAGCGCCCUGAAAACCAGAAACAUGCGUGCGCUCAAUCCCGAAGAUAUUGAUCAGCUCAUCACUAUCAGUGGGAUGGUGAUCCGCACGUCACAGCUCAUCCCGGAGAUGCAGGAGGCGUUUUUCCGCUGUCAGGUGUGCUCGUUCAACGCCCGUGUGGAGGUGGACCGCGGACGCAUCGCUGAGCCCGCCGUCUGUCGCAACUGUAACACCACCCACAGCAUGGCGCUGGUUCAUAACCGCUCGGCCUUUUCCGACAAACAAAUGAUAAAACUGCAGGAAUCUCCUGAGGACAUGCCCGCGGGUCAGACGCCCCACACCACGAUCGUCUACGCUCAUAAUGACCUGGUGGACAAAGUGCAGCCUGGCGACAGAGUGAACAUCACUGGGAUCUACAGAGCUGUGCCCAUGCGUCUAAACCCACGACAGAGUCAAGUGAAGUCCGUUUACAAGACUCACAUCGACGCCAUUCACUUCCGCAAGACGGAUGAGAAGCGUCUUCACGGUGUGGACGAGGACGGCGAGCAGAAGCUCUUCACAAAAGAGCGAGUCGCUGUGCUGAAAGAGUUAGCUGCGAAACCUGACGUCUAUGAACGACUCUCCUCGGCUCUCGCGCCCAGCAUCUACGAACACGAAGACAUCAAGAAAGGUAUCCUCUUGCAGUUAUUCGGCGGCACGCGGAAAGACUUCACCCAGACGGGCCGCGGAAACUUCCGUGCCGAGGUCAACAUCCUGCUGUGUGGCGAUCCGGGCACCAGCAAAUCCCAGCUGCUCCAGUACGUGUUUAACCUUGUUCCACGUGGGCAGUACACAUCAGGGAAGGGCUCCAGCGCCGUAGGUCUCACGGCGUAUGUGAUGAAGGACCCAGAAACCCGUCAGCUGGUUCUGCAGACCGGCGCCCUCGUGCUGAGCGACAACGGAAUUUGCUGCAUCGAUGAGUUUGAUAAGAUGAGCGACAGCACGCGAUCGGUGCUGCAUGAAGUUAUGGAGCAGCAGACGCUCUCUAUUGCAAAGGCUGGAAUUAUUUGCCAGCUCAAUGCUCGGACCUCCAUCCUCGCCGCAGCCAAUCCGGUGGAGUCUCAGUGGAACCCUAAAAAGACCACCAUUGAAAACAUCCAGCUUCCUCACACACUUCUGUCCAGGUUUGAUUUGAUCUUCCUGAUGCUGGACCCUCAGGAUGAGGCGUAUGACAGACGUCUCGCCCAUCAUCUAGUGUCUCUGUAUUACCAGAGUGAAGACCAGAUUGAGGAGGAACAUCUGGACAUGGCCGUGCUGAAGGAUUACAUUGCUUACGCUCGCACAUCCGUGCACCCCAGACUCUCGGAGGAAGCGAGCCAAGCCCUGAUCGAGGCCUAUGUAGACAUGCGUAAGAUCGGAAGUGGGCGGGGCAUGGUGUCUGCGUACCCCCGUCAGCUGGAGUCUCUCAUCCGAUUGGCUGAAGCUCAUGCUAAAGUGCGCUUCUCCAGUAAGGUCGAGUCCAUCGAUGUUGAAGAAGCCAAGAGACUGCACAGAGAGGCACUGAAACAGUCGGCAACUGAUCCCAGAACAGGAUUCGUGGACAUUUCUAUCCUCACCACAGGUAUGAGCGCCACAGCUCGCAAGCGUAAAGAGGAAGUGGCUCAGGCCCUGAAGAAACUCAUCCAAUCAAAGGGCAAGACACCAGCUAUGAAGUACCAGCAGCUGUUUGAUGAUCUCCGUGGCCAAUCAGAGGCUGCCAUCACUAAAGACAUGUUUGAUGAGGCACUUCGAGCGCUUGCUGAUGAAGAUUAUCUGACCGUCACAGGAAAGACUGUUCGGCUGCUGUAAACAUGCAUGAUACAUGUGUGCUGCUUUUCCAUUCUGUUGCUUCAUUCUUUUUCUCUAGAGUGAUGUGUUAAUAGCUGUAUGUAUAAUACCUUUCCUCGUUGCAAUAAAUGAAUUUUGUUCAUCAAAA